UCCUCACUUCUUCUUCAUGGACGAGUCCGUCUCCCUCUCCUUCUCCUUCUUUUUCUCCUUCUCCUCCAUGGAUGAUCAUCUUCUUCUUCUUCUGGGAUGGGCAGGGCGGCUUCCAGGGUCCGAUCUGAAGCUGUGAGCGUCGCUGCCCUGCAAGACUGCUGCUCCUUACCUCUGGAUUCACACCUGGAUUAAGACCUUCUGGAUUAUCCAAGUUUUACCAACCAUCUCUGAGUUUCCUGGACCACCUUGGAGUUUUCUGGACCAUCCUAUAGUUUUUUGGACCAUCUUGUAUUUUUUUGGAGCAUCUUGGGAGUUUUCUGUAACGUCUGAGGUUCCGACCGUUCAAACGGAGGAACUGCAACAUCCGUAGGAACCAGAAACCACUGCAACAGGAAAACAUCCGAUCGUCACCUGAAACAUCCCAAUAAACCCACCAAACCUCAGGAACCAGAAGCCGGAACCAGCAGGAACCAGGAGCAGAACCAGGACCAGGACCGUCUUCAGCCCAAAGGAGAUCUGCAGAGACCAGUACGGAACUGGGAGAGUUUGAUGGGACUGCUGACCAAGGCCACAUGCCUCUGAGUCCGGCUGCCGACACCAAACAUGAUCGCCCGCGGCAACAGGCGGUUACUAACGGCAACCCCACAGGCUCUGCUGUUGCCAGGGACGACGACGACGACGGGGAAGACUCGCCCCCAGGAAACAACACCGUGGUCCGCAUCGGCAUCCCGGAUCUGCAGCAGACGAAGUGUUUGCGGUUGGACCCAGAGCUCCCAGUCUGGACCAGUAAGCAGAAGGUUCUGGUCACGUUGACUCAGUCUCUGUCGGAUGUUCUGAACUACGGUCUCUUCCAGCCGGCGUUCAACGGCCGCGCAGGAAAGUUUCUGGAUGAGGAGCGAAUGCUGAAGGAGUACCCGCUCCCCCCGAUUACUCCUAUCCCCUAUCUGGAGUUUCGUUAUAAAAGGAGAGUUUAUACGCAGAGCUACGUGGACGACAAGCAGCUAGCAAAGCUGCACACCAAGGCCAACCUGAAGCGCUUCAUGGAACAUGUUCACCAGAAGAAUGUUGAGAAACUCUCCAAGUGGCUGGAGAAAGGUCUGGACCCCAACUUCCACGACUCGGACAGCGGAGAGUGUCCCCUGACGCUGGCCGUCCAGCUGGAGGACAGCUGUGACAUCAUCAAGGUCCUCCGGAGUGGGGGGGCGCACCUGGACUUCAGGACGAGGGACGGAAUCACCGCCCUGCACCGGGCGGUGCUGUGUAGGAACAGCCCCGCCCUCACGACCCUGCUGGACCUGGGGGCCUCCCCGGACUACAAGGACAGCCGAGGCCUGACCCCCCUGUACCACUCCUCCAUGGUGGGCGGCGCCCCCUACUGCUGCGAGCUGCUGCUGCAGGACCACGCCUCCAUCGGCAUCACGGAUGAGAACGGCUGGCAGGAGAUCCACCAGGCCUGCCGCUUCGGCAACGUGCAGCACCUGGAGCACCUGCUGUUCUACGGGGCCGACAUGAGCUCCCAGAAUGCAUCAGGAAACACGGCCCUGCACCUGUGUGCUCUGUACAACCAGGACAGCUGUGCCAGAGUUCUGCUGUUCCGAGGAGCCAACAAGGACAUCAAGAACUACAACAACCAGACGGCCUUCCAGGUCGCCAUCAUCGCUGGAAACUUUGACCUGGCUGAAAUCAUCAAGAUCCACAAAACAUCCGAUGUUGUUCCCUUCAGGGAAACUCCGUCCUACACGAAGCGCCGGCGGUUCGGCUCGUCGCGGACGCUAGCAGGAAACGGCCUGUCGUCUCCGCGGUCCCUGAUUCGCUCGGCCAGCGACAACGCCCUGGAAAGCCCCGCCUCCUCGCCCGGCCCCUCCCUCCAGAGCCUGGAGACGCCGCACGACACGGCCACGCACUCGCUGAGACGGCACCCGCGGCGCCUCAGCCCCGGCGGCGGUGGCGGCGGCCAUGUUGAGAGCAGCCCCCCACCCUCGCCCCCCCCCACGCCCCAGAUGAGGAAGAGGAGGCUCUACAGCGCCGUCCCUGGACGCACCUUCAUCGCCACCCGGUCCCACGUCCCCCAGGGAACCGGAGAGAUCCAGCUGCACCGAGGAGAGAGGGUCAAAGUCCUCUCUAUCGGCGAGGGCGGGUUCUGGGAGGGAACCGUCAAGGGAAGGACCGGCUGGUUUCCUGCCGACUGUGUGGAAGAAGUUCAGAUGAGGCAGUACGACCCGCGGCUAGAGACGAGGGAGGAUCGCACCAAGAGGCUGUUCAGACAUUACACUGUUGGAUCGUACGACAACUACACCUCCUACAGCGACUACGUGAUCGAGGAGAAGAUGGCCGUCCUGCAGAAGAGAGACAGCGAGGGAUUCGGCUUCGUCCUCCGAGGAGCUAAAGCCGAGACGCCCAUCGAGGAGUUCGCCCCGACGCCGGCGUUUCCCGCCCUUCAGUACCUGGAGUCCGUCGACCAGGGGGGCGUGGCCUGGAGGGCGGGGCUUCGGACCGGAGACUUCCUCAUAGAGGUGAACGGCACCGACGUGGUGAAGGUCGGCCACCGCCAGGUGGUGUCUCUGAUCCGGCAGGGAGGAAGUCGCCUGCUGAUGAAGGUCGUCUCAGUUUCCAGGAAGUCUGAGCCCAGCCUGCUCAGGAAGAAGACCACGGCUCCGCCCCCUCCCAAACGAGCCCCGAGCACCUCGUUAACGCUCCGGUCCAAGUCCAUGACGGCCGACCUGGAGGACAUAGCCAGGAGGAGGCGCUUUGAGAAACUGGACGAGAUGUUGGCUGCAGGUCAACCGGAGGUCGUUCUUAGGCCCCGCCCCCCCGAUGACUUCAGAGCCGCGACGGUGAAACAACGACCAAUCAGCCGCCGGAUCACGCAGGCCGAGAUCAACUCGCUGUUUGAGCGUCAGGGUCUAGCGCCCCCUACACCUCCAGAGAAGAGCACCAUGGCUUUACCGCGAGGAAUGUCCCGGACCAAGAGCUUCGGCACCCCCGAUGACGACCGGAUCACCGCUCUGAUCAACGAGAGCCGGUUCCCCCGGAGCUCCUCCCUGACGGACAGCUUCAUCCCGCCCCCGCCCCAGAUGGCUCCGCCCCCUCCUCCCUCGCCCUCCUCCGGCUCCUCCCACUUCCUGCUGGACUCCGGCCCCCCCCCGUCCUUCCUGCCGCCCCCCCCGCCGGCCCGGGGCGAGGGCCUGACCCGCUCCAGCUUCAAACCCGGGGCCGAGCCGCGGCUCGCGGAGCUGGACCCGCCGCCGGCCCGGAGCCACGCCCACGCCGAGCGCCAGAGGAAGGCCCGCUCCAUGAUCAUCCUGCAGGACUCGCACCCGCAACCGCUGCAGCCGCUGCAGCCCGACACUGGCGGCGGCGCCGCGCUGCACAGCCCCGCCCUCGGCCACAGCCCCGCCCUCGGCCACAGCCCCGCCCACACCUCCACGCUGUCGCUGCACACGCCGGCUAACACCUCCACGCUGUCGCUGCACAGCCCCGCCCUCGGCCACUCGCCGCUAUCGCGGCGCCGCGGACGCCAGAUAGAGAACCCGUACGCUAACGUGGGACAGCAGGCUCCGCCCACCAAGCCCCAGCGCAGGAAGUCGCCUUUGUUGAAACAACUUCCUGUUGAGGAGCAGGGUCUCAAAGACCCUGAUUGGUCCAGGCCGGAAGUGGGCGGAACCCUGAGCCCCAGCAGGGCGGAGCUUUACCAGCAGCAGGUCCUGUCGGAGCGAGCUCGGGUCCAGGGCCGCCGCUCCUCCCUCUUCCUGUCCGUGGAGGGAUCCGGGUCGGACAACCAGCCGCCGGCCCUGCUGACCCUGAGCCACUCCAUGGACGACCUGGGCGAGCUGCCGCCGCCGGCGCCGGUGCUGUCGCCCUCGCCCACGCCCCACACCUUCCUGCACCCGCUGACCGGCAAGCCGCUAGACCCGGCGUCUCCUCUGGCUCUGGCCCUCGCCGCCCGGGAACGAGCCCUUUCCGCCCGGACGCCGAGCCCGGAACCUCGGGCCAAACACUCGGCCUGCACCAGCCCGGCGCCCACGCCGGCCGCCAGCCCCGAGGCCCGGCACCGGCGCACCCCCCCCCAGACCAGCCCCGAGGCCCGGUCCAAGCGCUCCACCCCCCAGUGCAGCCCCGAGCCCCGGACCAAGCGGACCCCCCAGACCAGCCCCGAGCUGCGGCACAAGCGCGUCGUCACGCCGCCGCUGUUCCCCGACGGGCCGGUGGAGCGGCCCGAGACCGAGGGCGGGGUCACCUCCCCCGCUGGCCCCGCCCCCGAGCGGUGGGGCGGGGUCACCUCGCCCGCUGGCCCCGCCCCCGAGCGGUGGGGCGGGGUCACCUCCCCCGCUAGCCCCGCCCCCGAGCGCUGGAGGCCCUCCCCCUUACCCCCGCUGGCCAAUGAGAGCCACCCGAGCCACCACCCGGCCCUGAUUGACAGGAGGCGGAGCCUGACGGUGGGCAGCUCGGAGGAGGAGGGCGGGGCUUACACCGUCACCCUCCCCCCCGCGCUCCUGUCCUCCAGCGACGAGGAGACGAGGGAGGAGCUACGCCGGAUCGGCCUGGUCAGCCCCCCCCCGGCCUUCAGCUCCGCCCCCCCGGCCUUCGGCUCCGCCCCCCCCUCUUCCCUGACGCUGUUGCCACGGCGACUAGGGGAGGGCGGGGCCGAGGCCGGCCCCGAUGAGGAGGACGCAGGCGAGGAGCGUCUCCAUGACAACCCCUCGUCCCCCUCCUCCCUCCCCCCCUCCAUCACGCUGGCCUCGCCCCCCCCGGUCCCCUCCCCCCCCCCCACCUCCGUCACCUCCCCCUCCGGCCUGAAGCCCCGCCUCCGCUCUCCCAUUGGCCGAGGCCGCUCGGCGCUCCGGGACCCGCUGCUGAAGCAGUCGUCCGACAGCGAGCUCCUCCCCUCCACUUCCUGUUCCCCGGCAGGCCCCGCCCCCGCCGGCGGCCGGCAGCCUCGGUACCUGUUCCAGAGGAGGUCCAAGCUGUGGGGGGGCGGAGACGAGGACCGGCCCCGGGGCCCCGAGGAGGUGGCGGGGGGCAGGCCGGCGGCCCUGGGGGGUCAGGGGUCGGACCUGAGCACCAGGUCGGCAUCGGCCCUGGAGCUGAGCCGGGCCGGGGCCGGGUCCGGGUCCGGGUCUGGGUCCGGGGCCGGGUCCGGCCUGGAACUGGCCAACCGACUGCAGCUGCUCAACAAGGACAGCCACUCCCUGGGGGAGGAGCCCAGCCCGCUGGACCCGGGCCGGAGGUCACCCGUAGGGGGCGCCAGGUUGUUCUCCAGCCUCGGCGAGCUCCACACCAUCUCCCAGCGAGGAUUCGGCGCCAGCUUCACCGUCCGACCCGGAAGUCGCUAUCCCGUCAGCCGCCGCUCCCCAUCCCCGUCCCCCUCGGACCGGUCCCUGGCCCUGGCCGGGUCCCCCACCGGGGGCCCUGACCGGCCCCCCACCGGGGGCCCCGAGCGGCCCGACCUGAGCUCGGGCCGAGCCCUGACCAUCCUGAAGUCGUCCAGCCUCAGCCUGCCGUCGGAGCCCAAGGAGGUGCGGUUCGUGAUGCGCAGCGCCAGCGCCAGGACGCGGUCCCGGUCCCCGUCCCCGUCCCCCCACGCCUCGCCCUGCCCCUCGCCGGUGCUCAGCGGGCCCCUGCUGGCCCUGCGGCCCUGGAGGCAGCGGCCCCUCAGCCUCUGGAACAAGUACGACGUCGGGGACUGGCUGGAGUCCAUGGGCCUGGCGGAGCACCGGCAACGGUUCCAGGAGCACGAGAUCGAGGGCUCGCACCUGCCGGCGCUCAGCAAGGAGGACUUCGUGGAGCUGGGGGUGACCCGGCUGGGCCACCGCAUCAACAUCGACCGGGCGCUGAGACAGCUGCUGGAGGGGUCGACCUGACCCCCAUCAGGGCUCCAACCGACCCCAAACCCACCCCCAACCGGCCCCCAACCGACCCCCAACCGUUCCCCAACCGACCUCCAACCGACCUCUACCUGACCCCCA